AUGGCAGAUGUUUCGGGGAUGUUCUCGGCCCCGUUGACAAACGAGAACUAUGAGUUAUGGAUUCGCAUGGCCACCGACAACGUACCAUCCACCACUCUUGACGGCUGUGUCAAGAUCUACGCCUCAAGAAUUGACUCAGCGGCGUCUGAAACAGGAAAACUGUUGUCUGGCUUGACAUCCAACAAUUUGGAAGGCAUCGAUGAGGAGGAAGACGAGAACAAUGAGCAAGAAGGAGGCACAACAAAACCAAAAUCGAAAAAGCAUCGUGCCGAGUCGACACUGGCGAAGAAGUUCCAGACGAUAAAACUGAAAGAAGUUGAGAAAGAAUUGUUUGUGGACCCGAUCUUUAAGAAAGCAUUAUCUGAUUUCGAUGAAGGAGGAGCGAAGAGUCUUUUAACGAACAUGCUCAAAAUCAACACCGAAGGACGAGUUGUUUUUGACACUAGUGAGAAGUCCAACGAACUGAUAAUGAACAAGAGCGAUCAUGAAGAAGACGUCCCCCAGCAUAUUCGAUCAAACAUCAAUAUCUCAAAACUAGCCCGCUUUUUUCCUGACACAACCGCAGAAACAAAAGUGUGUCCUUCCCUCGAGCAGUUAGAGCGUAUAACUAAAGAGGGGGCAAGUGCUGCGGAGCUUCUUGAGCAAAUUGGGCAGCUUGAGUUUCCUGAAGAGCAACCGGUGUUCCAAGAAGACGAUAAUCUCGAUUUUGGAGGAGGUGAUUUCCUCGACAAUGACGAUGAUGACGAUGACGAUGACGGCAAUGGCCCGGAAAGGUCUCACAGAAAUCAAUACUCUUUGUUUAUUGAUGGUGUCAACGACAGCGAUCGCUCAGGACCAAAUGUCACACUGACAAGGUUAUUUGACGAGAACCCAACUCCGCAAUUUGACGAUGAUGGUGAUGAAGAAGGUGGAAGAAGUAUGGCCGAAUAUUUCGAUACAAUUUCACGACAGAACUGGCGAGGCCCCGAACACUGGAAGAUUGCCAUGGUGAAGCAAGCGCAUCAGAAGAGCUCGAGUCCUGAAAUUCCUCCAGCUCAAGCUGAAAACGUGGCUGGCGACGACGGAAAGGAGGACUUCGUUCAGAAAGUCACUUCCAAGCGUAAGGCUGUCUUUACUUUGAACUUCAUGAACGAUGACGAUGAUCUGGACGAUAAAGAGCUUUUUGCGGCGCCUGCAAAUGCUUCCAGACUUCUCAUCCCAGAGAAAGACAGGAUUCCGCAUCCUACGGCCAACAAGCUGCCGGAAGACUUGCAGUUCACCACAAAGCGACUAAUCUGUUUGAACAUCAAGCCAACUCAGAAAAUAAACACAAUUCUCACAAGGAAGAAGAAGAGAGUUGCACAACGAUUAGGAUACGAUGACGAGAGAAUAGCUGAUGAGAAUUUCUUUGCCGAUACGUAUAAAGAGCAGGGUGAUGGCUCAAAUGCUGAGGGGCAAGGUUUCGACGACACUUUCUUCAAUGCAGACUACAAUGACCAUCCUGACGAUGAUGAUGAUGAUGAGGGAGACAUCCCUGAUUUGCCAACAAGCUCGCAGCCUUUGUUUUCGCAAUCUCAGAAACGGCCUGGAGCGUUAGGAUAUGCUAGGGUUGCUAAGAAAGUGAACGUGAAGUUACUCAAAGACAAUCUGUGGGACUCUUUGGAGGCUGAAACGCGCAAAGCCAAAAGAGAUUCUUCAGUCUUAGAAGACAACAAAGAAAAUGGGCCCCCAGAGGAAGACAACAGUACACAGCGAAGCGAGAAAGACGAGAACACGCUCAGGUUCACCAAAGUUGUCAGCAAGUUGUCGAGUAAGUACUCGCCAGAAGAGAAGUCCGAACUGUCCACUAGUUUCUGUUUCAUAUGUCUACUGCACCUUGCCAACGAAAACAACUUUACCAUCGAAAAUACUCCAGACUACACGGAUUUGUUGAUUAAAAGAUGA